ACUCAACACAUUAUUACACCAACUCCUUUACAAAAGAUCAAAUCUUUUUCAAAACCCAUUUCCAAGUUUUCAUUUUUAGCCAAAAUCCAAAUAUCAAAGGUUCAAAAUUCUUGAUCAUAUACACUAUGAUCACUUCAAUACAACAAUCUCAGUUUCUGGGCUGUAAUUCCAAUCUUGUUAAACAUCCAAGAAACACCCUAACAAAAUUGUGUGUUUUACCAUCCAUUUCUAUGCAUAAAAUUUCCAAAUUUAGUAACUUUUCGGUUUCUAAACCUUUGCAUAUUUCUUCAUUUGAGACUGUUGGUUUGCAAAAAAGGAAAGUUUUGGUAGAAGCAUAUGAUGGAGAUAAAACAGAAGGUGAAGAAGUAGUUGUUGGGAAAACUGAAGCUGCAAGAAAAGUGAAAAUUGGAUUUUAUUUUGCAACAUGGUGGUUUUUAAAUGUUAUUUUUAAUAUUUAUAAUAAAAAAGUUUUGAAUGCUUUUCCAUUUCCAUGGUUAACUUCAACUUUAUCACUUGCUGCUGGAUCUGUCAUUAUGUUGAUUUCUUGGGCUACAAAAGUUGCUGAAGCACCAAAAACUGAUCUUGACUUUUGGAAGUCUUUGUUCCCUGUUGCAUUGGCACAUACAAUUGGUCAUGUAGCAGCAACAGUAAGUAUGUCAAAGGUUGCUGUUUCUUUUACUCAUAUAAUCAAAAGUGGUGAGCCUGCUUUUAGUGUACUGGUCUCGAGGUUUAUUUUGGGCGAAACGUUCCCUAUGCCGGUUUACUUGUCUCUGGUGCCGAUUAUCGGUGGUUGUGGUCUUGCUGCUCUAACUGAACUCAACUUUAACAUGACUGGAUUUAUGGGAGCCAUGAUUUCGAAUUUGGCAUUUGUGUUUAGGAACAUAUUUUCAAAGAGAGGGAUGAAGGGAAAAUCUGUUAGUGGGAUGAACUACUAUGCUUGUUUAUCAUUGCUCUCUCUUUUGAUCCUUACUCCAUUUGCAAUUGCUGUUGAGGGUCCAAAGCUAUGGGCAGUUGGAUGGCAAAAUGCAAUUACUGAAAUUGGACCCCAUUUCAUUUGGUGGGUGGCAGCUCAAAGUAUCUUCUACCACUUGUACAAUCAAGUUUCCUACAUGUCUCUCGACGAAAUCUCUCCUUUGACGUUUAGCAUUGGAAACACAAUGAAGCGUAUAUCUGUCAUAGUUUCCUCCAUCAUCAUUUUCCGUACACCUGUCCAGCCGGUCAACGCUCUUGGAGCCGCAAUUGCUGUCUUUGGAACUUUCUUGUAUUCUCAGGCAAAGCAAUAAAGCUGAAUGAAGAACAGAGUUUUUUUGUUUGUACCAUAAACAAGAGGAAACUUUUCAUUUUGUAGAUAAUAAAAAUGAUAAUAAGGAAAUGGCUUAGUUGCAUGUUAUCAACAAGGACAGUAGUCGGUUUGAUAUCUUCGCUCUUGCUGAACCAACAAAGGCAAGAUGAAUGAGCAUCAUCAAUAAUUCAAUAUUUUUUCCUUUCA